AUGGAGGAAUGGCUCGAGAGGCGUCACGGGACCCUCUCAUACCGACUGACGCAGGUGAUCACUGGGAAAGGAUGUUUCGGGAAUCACCUGUGUCUGAUCCGCAAGGAGCCAACGCCUGAGUGCCACCACUGCGAUGGCCAGACCGUGGACACGGCUCUCCACACGCUGGCAGAGUGCCCGGCGUGGGUUGAGCAGAGGCGAGACCUCGUGGCGGCCAUCGAAGUGGGAGUUCUCUCGCUCGAUAGCCUGAUUGCGGCUAUCGUGCGGAGCGAGAGUGCGUGGAACUCUGCCGUCUCCUUCUGCGAGCAAGUUAUGCUCGCGAAGGAGACGGCGGAGCGGGAUCCGGCGGGCCCACCAGGUCCGGGAACGGGCCAGGUACCGCAGGCGACUCAGGCGCCGGAGGUCGCAGAACGACCUCCGUUCCAAAUAAGCGCAGGCCUGGGGGUGACAGGUGAAGCCAUCUGUCACCCUAGCAGAAGCAGGCCGGGCGGGCGGCGAGCGCGUUGCGAAGCGCGCUCGCUUCCAGGGAGCAGAGGGAACAUGGGGUUCCCACACGGGGGGUCUUCUACCUGUUGUUGUAGAUGGCCCGAGGUAUGUCGGGGCACCAGGGACUUCCUUUCUAGGGUAUACCUGGUUCCCCGGCUAUUAGUAAUCGAGACGGCGUGCGGUUUUAGUCGGUUCGAGUCCGACAUGCCACCGAUAGGUGGUAUCCGAGGGGAUUUCCGCACAGAAAAAAAAAGGGGAGCCCAUGAUGCUAAAUGUGGAUUUACUCGAGCGUCAUGA